AUGAUGACUGAGAACAAUGAGAUGGAGAGCGAGUCGCAGCUCCAGCGCUCUCCAAGCACCAUGUCCAUCCAGCCGAUGACAUCAAAGCUCCAGAGACUAAAACGCUCGCUGUCCUUCAAGACCAUCAUGCGCAGCAAAAGCGUGGAGAACUUCUUCCAAAGGUCCUACAGCGACGCUCGCCUCCCCCCGGAUUUCAUUACCGACCCGCCGCCUCCUUCUCCCCCGCUGCUGCCUGGCUCUCCUCUCGUCGGCGACCGCUCUCCGUCCAUUUCGCCAUCUCUCAGCCCCAACCCCUCCAUCGCCUCCCACUCCCCCUCUCUCAGCCUUUCCCCAUCACUGCCCACCAAGCCCCCCAGACCUCAGAUUACCCACUCUUUCCAGGACCAUGUCUUUCGCAAGCCCACCAACUGCCAGCACUGCAAGCACAUGAUAGUGGGAAACUCCAAACAGGCUCUGCGGUGUAAAACAUGCAAGAUGGCCGCUCACCUGUGGUGCACCUCGGAACUGUCGCAGCAGCCGUGCCAUGGGAAGUCUGGGGCAUUCAAGCGAAACUUCAGCUCGCCGAUGCUCGUCAAUGACCAAUUGUCUGUCGUCAAGGAAGUUCAACCAAGCCAAGAGGCGGCGCGGAUGCGUGUGGACCCCGUGUAUGCCGCCUUGCGCUACGGGACGUCCUUGGCACAGAUGAGCCGCUCCAGUUUUGGCAGUUUGUCAGAGUCUCCAACACGCAGCCUGGGGGAGGGAGGUGAGGAGAGUCAGCAGAGACAGUGCAGCAUGGAGGAAGAGAUAACUCAGGAGACAGGGGACGACGCCGUCCCCGAGGCCGAGAUCGAGAAGGAGGAAGAGGAGAGCAGCGGCCAAGCUCCUGCCGAGGAGAGCAGUGUGAAGGUGCCCAAGCGCAUUGAAGUUCACUCCAUCCACACCUAUGUAGCGCUCUACAAGUUUUUGCCUCAGGAACAGAACGACCUGGAACUACAUCCCGGUGAUCGGGUGCAGGUCACUGACGACUCGAAUGAAGAGUGGUGGAAGGGCAAGAGUGGCGACAGAGUUGGCUUCUUCCCUGCCAACUUUGUGCAGAGGGUUCGACCAGGAGAGAGAGUGUGGAGGGUCAUUCAGGGUCUGCCCGGCAACCGAGAGAGAGGACACAUGGCCGUGAGGGAAUCCCAGAUCUGUGUGGGGAAGCUAGAAGACGGCGAGGUGUUUCUGAAGCUGAGCAGCGGGAAGAAGAGAGGCCUGGUCCCAGCUGACUCCAUAGAGGAGAUCUGAGCCUCUGUGU